GCAACAACACAAUGCUAACCUAUAACAGCAUCAAAACUCUUCCACCUCACCCCACUUCCACUGAGCAGGGAGGCAACAGCUGAGGCAGCAGAUAUUCUGAACCAGAGGGGUCUGUAUAAUGUACAUAUAUAACUUGUGAAGAAUGACAUGUCAAUGACUGAAUACUAAAUACCUGAUGUUCAUUAUCAAUGAUAUCAGUUAGGGUAUAUAUACGCAUUACCUUGUGAGUUUAACUUUUUCAAGAUUUUUUAUAUGAUCCCAUUUACAUGUUCUGUAUCUAAAGAUUUAAACAUAAACCUGGAUAUACUUCAUUUAUACUUCAUAUUUUUACAAUAAUUGCUGCGAAUUCACCACUGUGUGACCAGCUGCUGUACUGAUCUUUGUUUUGUCUUAAGUUACUGUACAUCCAGCACCAUCAGUAGGUCACAUGGAAAAUGACACUUCUCCAUUCUACUUCACCCUCACCCUCUUUAAGGACCUAGGAUUGUACAGAUAUCUUUAUUUUAUGAUAUGUUUCCUUCUGUAUGCUUUAAUGUUGUCUCUAAACAUCAUGAUCAUAGUAAUCGUAUUGUUGGAGAGAACACUGCACGAACCCAUGUAUGUUUUUAUUUCAUGUCUAUCCAUCAAUUCUCUUUAUGGCUCUACUGGUUUAUUUCCUAGACUCAUGGUGGAUCUCUUCUCUGACACGCAUCUAAUCUCCCGUCCUGCUUGUUUUACACAGAUUUAUGUUGUUUAUACGUAUGCAUCCUAUGAACUCAUCAUUCUGGGCAUCUUGGCUUAUGACAGAUAUGUUGCAAUAUGUAAACCGUUACAUUACAACAGCAUCAUGAAUUCAAAGACUGUUGUUCUCUUAGUGGGUCUUGGCUGGGCCUAUCCAAUUUGUUCCAUUGGAUCUUUACUGUACCUAUCUGUUAGGUUGCCGUUAUGUGGUAAUGAAAUAGCAAGGGUUUUUUGUGUCAACUGGCCUGUAGUCCAGCUUUCAUGUGUGGACACCACACAAAACAAUGCUGCAGGACUGCUUGUUACUAUUACAACAGUAUUUUUACCACUGGGCUUUGUUUUGUAUACUUACUUUAGAAUUAUACUUGUUUGUCAGAAAAGCUCCACUGAAUACCGUGGGAAAGCCUUAAAAACAUGUUUACCUCAUAUUGUCACAUUUGUUAUGUAUUCCAUAGCUUUGUUUUGUGAAGUAUCUCUAAGUCGAUAUAAACAUGAUGAACUGAAUCCAGUUGUGACUGUGAUUCUGUCACUUGAGUUUUUAAUAAUUCCACCUAUACUAAAUCCACUUGUUUAUGGUUUAAACCUGCCACAAAUUCGAGGCAUGAUAUUGAGAUUGUUACAGACACCUAGAAUAGUUGCCUGCAUGUUACGAUAAUUACCUUCUAUUUCAAGGCAAAAACAGAGCCUUCCUGCACAUGGAAGGCAGUAUGGAUGUACAUUUUCUUCUGUCUUUUUCAAUGUGAUACUUGGCUGGUCAGGAGGAAGAGUUACUUAGCAGCAGAGCAGGAUUUUGCAAACUGAUUAAGUUCUUACUCUCAUUUCUAUACUUUUUUCAAACAUUUGUUUCCAACUUAAUAUUUAUAGUCUUCUU